CAUCUAUAUAAAGACCAGCAGCAGAGCAUGUGAGUACUCAUAGCUGGAUAAGAAAGAUUGAAAUUUAGUUAGAGAAUUUGGCUUGAUUGCCCCAAUAUGGCAUACCUAAACAUGUUGAACAACGAUCAGCAAGCAGCAGGACUAUACACAACAAUGCAGGGUCCAAGAAUAUCCUUUUCUAAUAAUUCUUUUGAUACUCAACAACAUGAUAAUGGCUACAAAGAGGCUCCAGUCUCCUCGGAUUUCGAGUUCUCGGUCCCUGGAUACAACAUGAUCUCAGCAGAUGAGCUUUUCUGCAAAGGUAAAAUGUUGCCCCUCAGGGAAAACUGCACCAAAACAACUCUUAAAGAUGAGCUCCUUGUUGAUGAUGAUGAUGAUUAUCACGAUGUGUUUCCAAGAAUGAGAAAGGGGAUGAUGAGAAGCUGGAAGGAGCGUUUGGGGUUGAAGAAAUCUCACAUUUUGGGAAAGAAAAGAGAUAGAAGUAGUGGAGCUUUAGAUAGAAUAGAUGAAACAAAGACACCUGAUUUCAACCAAUAUCAUAGGAGCUAACUGAGAUGAUUUGAAGAUGGAGGAAGCAACGAUAUUGUUUCGAUCUAACCAGGGUGGAAGAUUUUUCAUUUUCUUGCUGGGGUGUUGUUGGAGAAUUUGAGGUUUUCUUGAACUAGUGAUUGGAAAUGAGUUUAGCUCUUGAUCCUCUAUUCACCAGGAGAACAGUUAGAGCAUGUACGCAGCACACAUCUGCAUAUAUGUUAGUACUAUUAGUUUUGUACAAAUAUUUUCAACUUCAGGUGCUAACAUAUGUAAUUGUUUGACAAAAUUAUAACCUACUAAUGUUUGUUCAGAUUUCA